AUGGAGAAAAAUGUUUAUGAGAAAGAUGAAAAGAAGGAAGAAGACAAACAAAAAAGUUUAAGGGACAAAGAUGAUAGAUUAUCUAUUUCAUACAUGGAUUAUCGAAUAAAGUGGAUUCGAGAUCGAGUUUUAAAGUUUCUUGGGCUGAUGGAUCAGGAACAUCUUUUCGACAAACUAAUUAACGCAAAUAAUCGAUAUUUUGAGGACAAGCUGCUCAACUUUCUCAUAUUAGACUUGUAUGGAGUGACAGAUCUAGAAAAGAAGUUGAUUUUCUUCUAUAAAACUUACAUUAGUGAAGUAUUUCAAGAGGAGGUUCCAGUAUGGGAAGAAAGAAAAGUGGAGAAACGCGAUGACGAGAAAAAAGAUAAAAGAAAGAAGGGUAAGAGAGGUAAAGCUAAAGUCAAUAAAACGGAUAUCAGUUCAGUUGCUAGUCGUACGACAAUGAGCACUAGCACGUUGCAUACAUCCAGUAUGCCAGAAUCCAGCGAAGAGGAAGAAGAGGAAGAAGAUGACGGAGAGCAGAAUGGCAGUAGCGAUUUUCCUAUUUAUCCUAGAAAAAAGGGAGAUUUAAAAAGCGCUUCUACUGGUAGUUCUGUUAUUGCACCACCGCCUGGAGAAGAGGACAAAUACGUUUUGACUAAGAAAAUGGUAGAGAAAGUCCGUCAGGUACCAGUGCUUCACAUGAUAUGCGGCCAAAUAGAUGAUAGUAGAACCGACCUGCAGGACAUCACGUUCUUCUAUUUUAUGCGCACCAGCGACGAGAGUAUACCUUCCUUCGAUACUUAUGAAGAGUGCCUUAAUGAGAUCACGAAUUAUGUGGUGGUCGGCUCGCUUGACAGGAAAUUCUUGUCCUCUUUGAAUAGAAUACUAGUCAACGUAUUUAAACCAUUGGUGGAAAAUCAAUUCAGAGCGCCGGAUAUUCGCGAGCAAACGAAAAACGAUGGAAAACGGAAGAACAUAGAUGUAGAAGCGAAAUCAAUGUUGAGAAGACCAUCCCAUUUCGUGACAGCGUCAAAUAUAGUAUCCCGCCAGGAUUUAGACGCAAACAGAAAGGCAGAUGAAGGGAGCACCACAAUCUCUAUGGCAACCUUACAAGACGAGGUUUUAAAGAGUAGGAAGCAAAAGUCAAGUUUGAAAGGAUUUGAUGGAAAAUCCGAACAGUCCAUUUCGGAAUCUAAGUCCAGCAAAUCAGUUCAUUCGAAGGAAAUAAAGAAACAGCCAGUGAUUGAACAGCUCAAAAGAGACAUUUUAGAUUAUCUUGAUAAUUUAAUUGAGAAAACGGAAUGGACGUUAGAACAUAUCGAAGGCGAUAUUUUGCUGACAAUGCCGAAGAUUUCAGAACUAAACGAUCCUGCGAUAACAGAUGAUAUGUUAGUGAAGAAUAAGGAUAUUGUUAAACAAAUGGAAGAAGUAAUUAUAUCAUGGGAGAAACAUAUCCAGAAGAUAAUGGAGUCAUACGAGAACAAGGUACUUCAGGGAAAGGGACCAAUAGCGGUGCAUCAAUAUUGGCAGGACUGCGAAACUGGAUUAACGAUGUUGGUUGAACAGUUAAAAAUGCCCAUUGUUAAGAGGAUCCUUGCUCUUCUGGAACAAGCAGUCUCGCCGAUCGCCUCCAACUUUCACUACUUCCAAACCGAACUCUGGAAGCAUUAUGUUGAAGCUAGGGACAACAAUAAGUUUAUUCAAACGCUGUUAAGAUAUUUUAAGUUGAUUACCGAAUCGGAUUCGUUUGAAUCUAUAUCGGAGUGCAUCCCCUCGUUGAUGGAAGGAUUGCAAAUGUUAUGGGUAUUAUCAAGUUAUUAUUGCCGUGAAGAAAGAAUGAUGCUAUUAAUGGACCGGAUAUCGUGGCAGCUCUGCGAAAAUGUCAAACAGAAUUUAUCGAUCGUUCGACUAUUUAAAAAACCUCUGGAAAAGAUUCUGGAAAAAACGAGUAUGGCUAGCGAGAUGCUGAAACAAUGGAAGCGAUUGUACUUGAAGACCAGAUUGGACAUCGAACUGUCGGGAAAGGGAGCUCGCUGGGAAUUUGAUCAGAAGCGUCUCUUUCAGGAUACUGAGUACAUCGCCGAGGUGUGCAGCGACCUCCACAAGAUCGCCGGUGUCCUACAAGACUUCUAUAAUAUCUUUGGGCCCGAUUUGAAGUCUAUCAUAAAUGAUCCGGCGCAGAUUGACGCUGUGGUGAAACGAGUGGACGCACUAGUAGUGCCGAUCGAAGAAGCUGAUUUUGACAUCUUCAAUGUAUUCAACAAGGAGAAUUGGGAAGCGUUGACCGCGUGGUUUUACGAGCAAGUGACGUUUUUGGAAGAUCAGGCCAAAUUCUACAUCGACGAAUGUUUCAUGGUGUUAAUCAGUGCCGAGAAUUCACUGGAGAUGUUGCUCAAGUUAAAAAAUAUGAAGACCCGUGCCGCUAUUCAACAACAGUUGUUCCGGAAGUUUAAUAUCAUUAUGCAACAGUUUAGUAAAGAGAUUAACGUCGUAGAGAACAUAUAUCAUCGUGGCAAAUGGCAUCCACCGUUGUUGACGUAUCAUCCGCCGAUGGCGGGAGCGAUCUUUUGGGUGAAGCAGUUGUUCCACAGACUACGCAGACCGGUUUUAAUUUUCCAGAAAGUACACGAACUGAAGCACAGUGAGCUGAAACUGCUUGCGUUCAGCCAGUAUUUCGAUCUUGCGAAGCAGCUGAAGAAUUUCGAAGGGAUGACGUUUAACGCAUGGCUAGAUAAGGCACUGCUGAUGGUGACUACUACCUUGAAAAAGAGCGUGCUGAGGAUAGUACGGGUUGAACGGGAUCAUCCAGCCACUUUAACCUUCCCGGACGAAGAGCGAGCCAUGAAAAAUCUGACUCAUGUAGUGUCGAAAAUGAAGGUCAAGGAUAUGAGUUCUAUCCUAUCUCCAUAUGAAUCCGUAGUGAAGAUAGAUGGUGUGAUAUCGAAGGUUAGCGCAGAGAUCAUAAGUGCCGCGGGCUCUAGAAUGGAGCAAGCACUUCCGGAAGUGAAGAUCGAUGCCAGAGGAUCCUCGAAGGACGGUAAAACUUCAUCUGUGUCCUUCGAUAAACACGACUUCGUUCGCGCGAAGAUUACUUGGCCAGAAUUUAUGAGUGGCGCCAUUUUGAUAGAGUGUCAGUUACGCUUUCAGAUCAACUUCGAUUGGGAGGUAUUCGAAGUCAUUAGAGAGGCAGAACUAAUGGAGCAGUUGGGUUUCGAACUGCCUGCGACUAUCAGAGAUGUUGGUAUUCAGAAGAAUCGACUACGAGCGGAUAUCGACGUCACCACGAAAAUGAUCGAACAGUACAAUAAUAUCCUAGAUAUGCUGGACAGAGCGGACAUACAAUUGCUAAAGCAGACUCUACAGGAUGUUGAGAAGAACAUUCAGCCUGGAGUGACGCGAUUCAAUUGGAACUCUCUGACCAUCUCAGACUAUGCGGCCGCCUGUCACAGAAUACUGAAGAAUUUAAACUCUAUUGUCGAGCAAGUCAAUCAGAUAAAGAAAGAGCUUGAUAAUCGAAUAGAAUCUGAAUUGCAAUCGUACCAUCUGUUUUCCACGAAGAAGGAAGUCGCUGAAUCAGAGGAUCUCUUGCCAUGCAAGAGUUAUUUUAUGGAGAUAAAAAAUCGACGAUCUGAACUGAUAUCGUCGAUGUUAAAGACUUAUCAGUCGAUUAGUCCAAUGCUUGUGAAACUAGAAAGUUUAGUAUUGGGUACUUCUACUGGGACAAGUCCAGCCAUGCAGCUCUUGUACGAAAAAUACGAAAAGAAAAUCUUUGCUGCCUUUAUAAUAUGUAUGGUCAGAAAUAUGGAAGUUCUGAACAAAAUGUUGAACAACACUAAACCAAUCUUCCAAGUAGAUGCAUUAUUAAUAACAUCCGAAGUAAUAUUACGUCCAUCGCCCAACGAAAUCUUUAGUACCAUUUGCUACGAUGUACGAGAUUUACUCGAAAGGCUGAAAGAAUUCUCCAGAUGGAUGAAUGGAACUUGCUUACAGAGCAAACCGCAAAGAAAGGAGCACUCACAGGAUUUAGUCACUUUCAGCUUCUUCGAAGACGUGAUGAGCAUUCGAAUAGUUAACGAACUUGUAAAAGUGAUUCACGACACAGCGUAUAGAAUCUCGGCUGAAUGCUGGCGAUACCUAUAUAGAUGGAAGAAAUACAGCAAUUUGUGGUCAUUUGACAAAAAUCUGGCUUGUGAAAAAUUUGCAUCGACGAAACCUACGCUUUUACAAUACGAUGAAAAGUUUGCGUUUUAUGAAGGCAUUCUGGAGGAACUCGAAGACAUGUCACCGUAUUUUGACAUAAACAGUAUACGGCUCAACUUGAAACCGCUUUUAUCAGGCAUCGAGCGUCAAGCGAAGGAAUGGAAACAGGUUUUAGGGAAUUAUCUUCUGUCUGAUACCGUAUUGGCUAUGGGCCAACUUAAAACUCAAAUCGAUACCUUUCGCGGCGAGAUCGAGCUGGUGGUUACGGGAUUGGAUCGUUUUGUGUCAAUCAUGCAUGCGAUCACGGACGUGAAAAAUACGGCGAUACAAGCCGAAGUGCAAUUUCUCUGUUAUCAGGAGUGCUUUCAAACUAUGCGCACUCAUGGGAUCGUGUUUUCUUCAUCAGACGAAGCGAUGGCGCAUGAAUUGCAACGAGACUGGGAAUCGUUGUAUCUCGAAGCGCUCUACAGAGCUACGACUUUAGAAAGCACUAACGACAAAUUUUCCGAGCUUACUCAAGAAGAAAUCCAGCAAUUCUUGGUUGACACCGCGAUGUUCGCUGAAAAUUUUGAAACAUUUGGUCCCGGAAGUAUCGGGGACGACCUGGAAUUAGGACUGAAAAAAAUGGGUGAAUAUGGCAAGCUGAUUAAUAAAUACGAGGAAAGGCGGCUGAAUCUGAUAAAGUUAGAAAACUUGUUUAACUUACCGUCUACCGAUUAUUCAACUCUCUUCAAGAUCAAAACGGAAUACGAGGGCAUGGAAGUGUUGUAUGAUCUCUACAAGGAACAGAGAAGCUCGCGAGAAGUCUGGGCGAAGACUCUGUGGGUGAAUUUGAAUCCGCAACAACUCAUCGAGGGCAUGGAACACUUCAUAAGGGAGUUUCGACGGCUGCCGAAAUCUAUCAGAAGUAUGAAUGUUGGCCACGCAUUAGAGACCAACAUGAAGAACUUCAAGAACUCGGUGCCGCUCUUCAUCGAGCUGAAAAACGAAGCUAUGCGCGAAAGACACUGGCAAGAGUUGAUGAAAAGAACCGGACAGUAUUUCGAUAUGGACCCGGACAGAUUUACUUUAGAAAAUAUGUUCGCUAUGGAACUGGGAAAGUAUCAAGAUAUUGCACAAGAUGUUGUAAUGUAUGCUGUGAAAGAACUUGCGAUAGAAAGAGGCAUGAAAGAAUUAGCAGAAGUAUGGAAAUCCAUGGAAUUUAAUGUGGUGAAACAUUAUAAAGGUAUAGAAGAACGCGGCUUUAUUCUUGGGCCACUUGACGAAUUGAAUCUGGUACUCGAAGAUAACAUGUUGACCGUACACAGCAUGGCAGCCUCGCAAUUCAUCGGGCCGUUUCUCAAUGUCGUACAAAAAUGGGAACGCACAAUGCAUACGAUCUCCGAAGUUCUGGAAGUGUGGGUGGAUCUUCAGCGAAAGUGGCUGUAUCUCGAGGGUAUUUUCGUGGGUGGCGAUAUUCGCUUUCAGUUGCCGGACGAAACAAAAAGAUUCGAUGAUAUCGAUCAAGCUUACCGAAAAAUCAUGACUGACACGUCGAAGAGGCUCAAUGUUUUGGAAUGUUGCUUGAUUUAUGGUCGAAAGAGUGAGUUUGAAACUAUGAUAGCAGCCCUCGAGAAGUGCCAAAAGUCUUUGACGGAAUAUUUGUACAACAAACGCAUUAUAUUUCCAAGAUUCAAUUUCAUUAGCGACGAUGAACUGCUGAGCAUUCUUGGCAGUGGUACUCCUACGGCAAUUCAGGAACACGUAGGAAAGAUGUUCGAUAAUCUCGAUAAAUUCAUAAUAGUAUCAGACACAGAUAGACAGAUGGCUACAGCUCUCGUAUCUUGCGAAAGAGAAGUUAUGGAUUUCAGAAAUCCCGUGUCCACAGAAGAUCAGAUUGAAAUCUGGAUGGGGCUGGCUCUUGAAGAAAUGAAAAGAUCGAAUCGAUAUUUAACAAAGAAAGCGGUCUACAAUUACGGCAAGGUGCGAAGACCAAGAACUCAGUGGAUACUCGAAUUUCAAGGAAUGAUGGUUCUCGUAGCCAAUCAGAUAUGGUGGACCGCAGAAGUCGAGAAUGUUUUCGAUAAGAUAUCCCAGGGAAAUAAACGCGCUAUGAAAGAAUAUUUACAACAACUCAAUACUCAACUGGAUGAAGUGGUGACAUUGAUGGGUACCGGUUCGCUUACAAAUAAUGAUAGAAAGAAGAUUGAUAUGGUUUUGACCAUCGACGUGCAUAUUCGCGACAUUGUCGAAGGUUUUGUUAGAGACAGUAUUGCGGAUCCUACAGAAUUCGAAUGGGAAAGCCAAUUAAGAUUUUACUGGGUUCAUGAUCUGGACAAUGUAUGGAUGAACCAAUGCACAGGCACUUUCGAAUACGGUUACGAGUAUAUGGGUCUUAAUGGCAGAUUGGUCAUUACGCCACUGACGGACAGAAUAUAUCUCACUAUUACGCAAGCUCUGUCAAUGCACUUAGGCGGUCCUGCUGGAACCGGAAAGACUGAGACAGUCAAAGAUUUAGCGAAAGCUCUAGGGCUCUUAUGUAUCGUAACUAAUUGCGGCGAAGGAAUGGACUAUAUCACGAUUGGAAAGACUCUGAGUGGUCUCGCUCAGUGUGGAGCAUGGGGUUGUUUCGACGAAUUUAAUCGAAUCGACAGUUCCGUUCUCUCUGUUAUUUCGACCCAGCUUCAAACUAUACGCUCAGCACUGCAAGUUAAAGCUCAAAGAUUCAGGUUCGAGGACCAAGAUAUCGUAUUGGACUCGAAGGUGGGAGUCUUCAUCACCAUGAAUCCAGGAUACGCCGGUCGCACGGAGUUACCAGAGUCUGUUAAAGCCCUCUUUAGACCAGUAGUCUGCAUAGUGCCGGAUAACGAGCUAAUCUGUCAGAUUAAGCUUUUUAGCGCCGGUUUUUUGACGGCAAAGUUGCUCGCGAAGAAGAUGACCGUUCUCUAUAAGCUGGCGAGCAAACAGCUGAGCAAACAAACACACUAUGAUUUUGGCUUGAGGUCCCUUAAAUCUGUGCUUAAUAUGGCCGGCCAGUUGAAGAGAACUUCCAAUGAUUUACCUGAAAACGUCGUGCUGAUGAGAGCCCUCAGAGAUACGAACUUACCUAAGUUUAUAUAUGACGACGUGCCGCUCUUCCUGGGUCUGAUCAAGGAUCUCUUUCCUGACUUGGAUUGCCCCAGGAUGCACUAUCCAGAUUUUAAUGAAGCGGUUGAGGCGAUAUUAAAAGAAUAUGGCUAUAUUGUUUUACCUGAGCAAGUUGAUAAAGUCAUUCAGUUAUACGAAAUGAUGAUGACUAGACAUUCUACGAUGAUUAUCGGUCCCACCGGCGGUGGUAAGACAGUGAUCGUCGAAACGCUCUGCAGAGCACAGACGCAUCUUGGUAAACCCACAAAAUUGCACAUUUUGAACCCUAAGGCUUGCACUGUCAUCGAGCUGUAUGGAAAGCUAGAACCUACAACACGAGAUUGGACGGAUGGUCUUCUGAGUAGUAUCUUUCGAGAAAUUAAUCGACCGCUGGAUUCCAGCAAAGAUGAACGAAGAUACAUACUUCUCGACGGAGAUGUUGAUGCAUUGUGGAUCGAAAACAUGAACUCGGUAAUGGAUGAUAACAAGCUAUUGACUCUGGCCAAUCAAGAGAGGAUCAAAUUGCAGAAUUAUUGCAGUCUGCUCUUUGAGGUAGGCGACUUGCAGUACGCUUCACCUUCAACGGUUUCAAGAGCGGGUAUGGUCUAUGUAGACCCAAAAAGUCUAGGCUACCAGCCGUAUAUGGACAAGUGGAUACAAACCAAAAGCAAAGCCGAUCAAGAUUUUCUUCGAGGAAUGUGCGAGAAAUACGUACACGGCUCACUUAAGCUUAUUACCGAAGGAACGUUAAGCUUUCAAACAGUCGAACCUCUUCGGACAAUUAUACCGCAAACUGGACUCAAUAUGGUAACUCAAUUUUGCUUCGUAUUUGAUGGUUUAUUGUCAACAUUAAAAUAUGAAUUGGCAAAACAAAAAUCAGAAAUCGAUGAAGAGGACAAUUUGUUGGUGACGAAAGAGGAGCUCUGGGAGGCAAUGUACAUUCAAGCGUGCUAUUGGUCAUUCGGUGCAUCUAUUGUAGACGAGGCGCGCUCCAAAUUUGAUGAGUACAUAAAGAAAAUAUGUGGAUUUAUGUUAGUGCAAGACACACCCGCUAAACUAGCGACCGCCAAAUUUAUACCCGUAUCUUUUCCAACUAUCUACGACUACGUACUGGAUAUCAAAAAAAAGGUUUGGAUGGCAUGGAAGUGGUUGGUACCGAUGUAUGUUCAUGACAGACAGAAGAACCUUUCGGACAUUUUAGUGCAAACAAUUGAUACUUUGCGUACUACCUGGUUCAUAAAUCUCAUGAACAAUCUGCAGAGACCGGUAUUGUUGGUUGGAGAAACUAGCACGUCGAAAACGGCGAUAAUUCAUGAGUUUUUAAGGAACUUGAAUCCCGAAAAAUACGAACAACUCUUAAUAAACUUUUCCUCGAGAACCACUUCAAUGGACGUGCAGAGGAAUAUCGAAUCGGUAGUAGAGAAAAGAUCGAGAGAAGUAUUCGGAGCUCCGCCCGGAAAGAAAUUAAUAGUCUUUAUCGACGACAUGAAUAUGCCAAUCGUGGAUAUUUAUGGAACCCAACAGCCCAUAGCGUUUCUUAAACUAUUAUUUGAAAGGGAUGGCUUUUAUGAUCGCGGGCGCGAUUUGAACUGGAAAUAUAUGAAAGAUAUUUAUUAUUUAGCAGCUAUGGGAGAACCCGGUGGUGGUAGGAACGAAGUCGAUCCGCGAUUUAUCUCAAUGUUCUCAGUUUAUAACGUAACUUUUCCAACGAACGAGACUCUGAAUUAUAUUUACACGAGUAUUUUAUCCGGACAUCUGCAAACAUUUUCGGAGGCAAUUCUAUCUAUCUCGGACAAACUUGUGCAAUUGACGUUGGAACUUUACGAGAUAGUUAGGAAGGAACUACUGCCGACUCCGUCCAAGUUCCACUAUAUUUUCAACAUGCGGGAUCUCUCAAGAAUCAUGGCUGGAUUGCUUCAGACCUAUCCUGAUUUCUUUUUCGUAACAGUAAAACAGUUUGUUAGGCUCUGGAGAAACGAGGUCACCAGAGUUAUAUGCGAUCGCCUCAUUAGCGUGCAAGAUAAAAAUUUAGUAAUCGAGCAAUUGAAUGAAAAAAUACGAAAUUAUUGGGAGCUAGAACCUGAAGUGAUUCAAUACAGUUUAAGAGACCCGAUACUGUAUGGCGAUUUCAGGAAUGCCUUCAGUGAAGAUGAGCCUAGAUUGUAUGAGGAUUUGUUAGAUUAUGAAGCAGUUUACAGCUUGUUUCUAGAGAUUUUCGAAGAAUACAACGAGAGGAACAGAACUAAGCUGCACAUGGUUCUCUUCAAUGACGCGCUCGAACAUCUGACCAGAGUGCAUCGUGCACUUCGGAUGCACUGCGGUCACGUACUGAUCAUCGGUACGGGUGGCAGCGGCAAGAAAUCCGUGAUCAAGUUAGCAUCCUUCGCUGCUGGUUAUCAACUCUUUCAGAUCGUUCUGCGUCGCGGAUACAAUGAAGCGUUCUUCCGCGAAGAUAUAAAGAAUUUGUAUAAUAUGGUCGGCCUAGAAAAUAAAAAGAUUGUGUUUAUGUUCACAUCUGCCCACAUUAAGGACGAAAGCUUCCUCGAAUUGGUGAACAGCAUGUUGACAGGUUUCGUGCCGGCUCUCUUCAACGAUGAAGAGAAAGACACAAUUGUCUCUUCCUGCAGAGAUGCAGCGGUUAAAGCAGGCUUUGAUAUAUCAAAGAAGAGCGUCUGGUCGUAUUUCGCUAAGACAUGCACCGCGAAUUUACGAAUAGCGUUGGCGAUGAGUCCAUCGGGCGAUGCUUUACGGACACGCUGUCGCAACUAUCCCGGUUUAAUCAACAACACCACUAUAGACUGGAUGUUCCCGUGGCCGCAGCAGGCCUUGGUAGCGGUAGCGAAUGUUCUACUCAGAGACAAUCCGAUCGUGCCGCGAGAGUACAAGGAAGUGAUCGUAAGUCAUAUUGUAUACGUGCAUACAUCCGUAUUACAAUAUACAGUGAACUUUGCGACGAAGCUGAGGCGACGAAAUUAUGUCACGCCAUGGCAUUUUAUGGAUUUUAUCAACACUUAUUUGAAUCUGUUGGUGGAGAAGAAGAACUUCAUAAAUUCGCGCUGCACGCGUCUUUCCGGAGGAUUACAGAAAAUCAUAGACGCUUCGGUGACUUUAACAGAAUUAAAUAAAGUCUUGGCAGAGCAAAGAAUCAAAGUAAAUGAUCAAACGAGGAACUGCGAACAAUUGCUCGAGACUAUCGGCAAAAGUACAGACAUCGAGUUGGAAAAGAAGACUCUGAGAGAAGACAAGAGGAAGGAAAUUGAGGAUAAGAAGAAAAUGAUUAUCAAAGAAGAAACGGAAGCUAAGCAAGCCUUAGCGGAGGCUCGACCGGCUCUCGAUGCGGCCAAACUUGCAUUGAGUGACCUCGAUAAAGCGGAUAUUACCGAGAUAAGAUCCUUUCCCACUCCGCCCGAACCAGUGCAGAUUGUUUCGGAAUGCGUUGCGAUGCUUCGUGGUGUCAAAGACGUGUCGUGGAAAGGGGCAAAAGGCAUGAUGAGCGAUCCUUAUUUCUUGAGGCACUUACAGGAGAUGAACUGCGACUUGAUCACUCUACGGCAACAACAAGCGGUAAGGGCGCAUUUGAAGAAGACGGAUAAGCUGGAUCAGAUGCAAGUCAUCAGUAAAGCAGGAUACGGCUUAUACAAGUUUGUGCUUGCUGUUCUGGAUUAUUGUGCCGUUUAUAGAGAGGUGAAACCAAAGAUGGACAGAGUUCAAGCACUCGAAGCGGAGUCCGAAAAAGCCAGGCGCGCGUUAGAAAAGGAAGAACGGGAAUUAAAGCGAUUGGAAGAAACGAUCAAAGAAUUAAACGAGAAAUAUGACGUCGCGAUGACUAAGCGACAGAGUCUUCAGGAUGAAACAGAUUUGUUACAACGACGUCUUUCGGCUGCUGACAAACUCAUCUCCGGAUUGUCCUCCGAGAAUGAACGAUGGCGAAAGGAUCUGGAGGUUCUUCAAGACGACUUGGAGAAGAUCACAGGAAAUUGUUUGCUCGGAGCAUCCUUUCUGGCUUAUAGCGGUCCUUUUUCCUACGAGUUCAGGAAUGAAAUGUACAGCGACUGGGAGAGGAGCAUCCUAGACAAGGAAUUACCUUUAUCAACGCCCUUCAAGCUCGAAAUACAAUUGAGCGACGACAUCGAAAUUACCAAUUGGAACUCGGAAGGUCUUCCACCAGACGAGCUAUCCGUACAAAACGGCAUACUAACUCUGAAAGCAUCUAGAUUUCCGCUUUGUAUUGAUCCCCAACAACAAGCAUUAAAUUGGAUCAAGAAAAGAGAGCAGAAAAAGACUUUAAAGAUCCUCUCCUUUACGGACGCAGAUUUCUUGAAGCAAAUUGAAUUAGCAAUCAAAUAUGGUCUGCCUGUGCUCGUUCAAGAUGCCGACGAGAUUGAUCCCAUCUUGGCUAACGUCUUAUCGAAAAAUAUCCAGACUGUUGCAGGACGAACUUUCGUCAUUCUCGGCGAUAAAGAGAUAGAUUAUGAUCCGCGAUUCAGAAUAUAUUUGACAACAAAAAUAACCAAUCCGAUGCUAGAUCCCGCUUUAUAUGCCAAGGCGGUUGUCAUCAAUUACAUGGUCACUACAGCAGGUUUGGAGAACCAACUUCUGUCAGUAGUGGUGAAAACUGAAAGACCGGACAUCGAGGAACAACGUGAAACGCUGAUUUUGGAAACUAGCGAGAAUAAGAAUCUGCUGCAGCAAUUGGAAGAUAGUCUUCUUCGCGAGAUUGCCGCGGAUCAAGGUAGCAUGGUGGAUAACAUCGAGCUGAUCGAGACCUUGGAAAACAUCAAGUCCAGCGCCAAUGAAGUAACGAAGAAGCUGUUGCUCGCGGAAAUCACUUCUGUCGACAUCAACAAACUUCGCGAAAACUAUCGUCCGGUAGCGGAACGGGGCGCAAUUCUAUUCUCCGUGCUGGCCGACAUGGCCACCGUAAAUGCCAUGUAUCAAUACUCUCUGAUCAGUUACAUUGAGGUGUUCACCCACUCGCUGAAGAGAUCGUUACCGGAUCCAGUGGUCACUAAACGACUGAAAAAUAUUAUUCCAAUGUUAACGAAGAAUGUCUACGAUUACGGCUGCACUGGUAUCUUCGCGCGGCACAAAUUGCUCUUUUCCCUGCAAACUUGCGUAAAGAUAGAACAGAACUUGGGCAACGUGAACCAGAAGCAAUUAGAAUUCUUCAUCAAGGGCAGUGUGGUUCUAGAAAAAGUAUCCAAAUCGAAUCCUACCAAAUGGCUGCCGUUAUCGGGUUGGGAGGAUGUUCUCAAGUUGGCGAGCGAUUUCCCAGAGAAGUUCGGACAACUUCCGGAAGAAAUACGAGAUUGUGAAGAUGAAUGGAAGAAGUGGUACGACUCGGAUACACCAGAAUCUGAAGAACUUCCGUGUGAUUAUAGUACGCGAAUGACAUCGUUCGAAAAGCUAAUGUUGAUACGCUGUUUUCGAAUCGAUCGCGUAUAUCGUGGUAUUAUCAAUUACAUUAUCGAAAUUAUGGGCAAGCAAUACAUUACGCCGCCUCACGUGAGCUUCGACAUGAUUUUCGAAGAAAGUACACCGACCAUGCCAGUAGUCUUCAUCUUAAGCCCGGGUUCGGAUCCCACUUCAGAACUGAUGAAGUUGGCUGAUCGAUACGGUUGCGGCGGAGGCAAAUUUAGAUAUCUCUCGCUCGGUCAGAGCCAAGAAAAAAUCGCAAUGGAAUUAUUGGGAACGGCAAAAACAAGAGGUCAAUGGCUGAUGUUCCAGAAUUGCCAUUUACUGUUGUCCUUCACGAAGAAUUUAGAAAAGAUCGUGGAGAACAUAGAGAAGCCUCAUCCCGAUUUUCGCUUGUGGCUCACUACGGAACCCACCCCUAAUUUUCCAAUCGGAAUACUUCAACAAUCUUUAAAAGUGGUGACGGAACCACCGAGUGGAUUGAAGCUAAACUUGCAAAACACGUACUUUAACAUGCGGCCACAGGUCUUGGAAAGUUGUUCUCAUCCUCUCUACAAGCAUUUAAUUUAUGUUCUAGCAUUUUAUCACGCAGUUAUCCAGGAGAGAAGAAAGUACGGUAAAAUUGGAUGGAACUUAAAAUACGACUUCAACGAGUCAGAUUUUAAUGUGUGCAUUACCAUCUUGAACACUUAUUUGACGAAGGAAAUGGCGACGAAGGAGUCUGAAGUACCGUGGAAUAGCCUCAAAUAUUUAAUUGGCGAAGUAAUGUACGGCGGAAGAGUGAUGGACAGUUACGAUCGUCGCGUUUCUUACACUUACAUGGACGAGUAUUUCGGUGAUUUUCUCUUUAACGAGCACCAACCGUUUCACUUUUACAAGGACGAUAUUGUCGACUAUGUGAUACCGCCAGAAGGAAAUCGCGACGAUUACUUGCAAUUCAUUGAAGAACUUCCGCUGGUGAACGGUCCCGAAAUAUUUGGGCUACAUUCAAACGCCGAGAUUGGAUACUUUACGCAGGCAGUUAAAGGAAUGUGGAAGCAUCUCAUAGAACUUCAACCGCAAACCGCCGUGAACGUCAUCGGUGUCAGCAAAGAUGAGUUUAUCGAUAACGUAGCGAAGGAAAUCUUGACCAAGAUACCCACGCCAUACGAUAUUAGUAAGGUCAAGAGAAAUUUCGGCGUUGGCGUAACACCGACCGCGGUCGUUCUAUUUCAGGAAUUGGAAAGAUUCAACAAGUUAAUAGAAACGAUUACGAGAACGUUGAAUCAAUUAAGAAAGGCCAUCGCUGGUGAGAUUGGAAUGGACGCAGUGCUAGAGAAUAUUUCCAUGGCACUCUAUAACGGUAUGCUACCUAAAGAAUGGACCAAAUUGGCACCAGACACGCGAAAAAAUCUCGCCGGUUGGAUGGACCAUUUUCAGAAGAGGAUAAAUCAAUACACGAACUGGUCUGGCGCUAAUGAACCCGUGGUACUGUGGUUGUCCGGAUUACACGUUCCAGAAACUUAUCUGGCGGCUCUGGUGCAAAUGACUUGCCGCAAGAACAAUUGGCCCCUCGAUCAUUCCGUUAUUUACACGACGGUGUCCAAGUUUUUCAAGCCUGACGACGUAGAAGAAAGACCCGAUGAGGGCUGUUACGUGUACGGAUUGUAUCUGGAAGGCGCUAGGUGGGACAGCGAGGAGCAUCGUUUACAAAGAUCGCAUCCGAAAGUUCUGUUUGAAGCGCUACCAAUAUUAACCAUAAUACCUACUGAAGUUCAUAGAUUGAAGUUACAGAAUACUUUUAAAACUCCCGUAUAUACUACGUCAAAUCGACGAAAUGCUCUCGGUGUUGGUUUAGUGUUUGAGGCAAAUUUGGCGACUCCAGAACACAUUUCCCAUUGGAUACUUCAAGGUGUUUGUCUAGUGUUAAAUACAGAUUAAAGAUCUUCGAGAUCGAUGAAAAAAAGACAAGAACCGUUGUAUUCUUCAGUAUAUUUCACGUAUAACUAAUACGUCUAUUAAUUAAUACUAUUAAUUAAUAGUAUUCAUUAUA